AUGGGCGAAAAUGGGUGUCGAGGGGGCGAAAGUGGGUGUCGAGGGGGCGAAAGUGGGAGUUUAGUGGGCGAUAAGGAGAGUUUAAUGGGCGAAAGUGGGUGUCAAGGGGGCGAAAGUGGGAGUUUAGUGGGCGAAAGUGGGUGUCGAUGGGGCGAAAGUGGGUGUCGAGUGGGCGAUAGUGGGAGUUUAGUGGGCGAAAGUGGGUGUCGAGUGGGCGAAAGUGGGUGUCGAUGGGGCGAAAGUGGGAGUUUAGUGAGCGAAAGUGGGUGUCGAGUGGGCGAAAGUGGGUGUCGAUGGGGCGAAAGUGGGUGUCGAUGGGGCGAAAGUGGGUGUCGAGGGGGCGAAAGUGGGUGUCGAGUAGGCGAAAGUGGGUGUCGAUGGGGCGAAAGAGGGAGUUUAGUGGGCGAUAGUGGGAGUUUAGUGGGCGAAAGUGGGUGUCGAGUGGGCGAAAGUGGGUGUCGAUGGGGCGAAAGUGGGAGUUUAGUGGGCGAAAGUGGGUGUCGAGUGGGCGAAAGUGGGUGUCGAGUGGGCGAAAUGGGCGAAAGUGGGUGUCGAGUGGGCGAAAGUGGGUGUCGAGUGGGCGAAAGUGGGUGUCGAUGGGGCGAAAGUGGGUGUCGAUGGGGCGAAAGUGGGUGUCGAUGGGGCGAAAGUGGGAGUUUAGUGGGCGAAAGUGGGUGUCGAGUGGGCGAAUGUGGGAGUAUAGUGGGCGAAAGUGGGAGUUUAGUGAGGGAAAGUGGGUGUCGAGUGGGCGAAAGUGGGUGUCGAGUGGGCGAAAGUGGGUGUCGAGUGGGCGAAAGUGGGAGUAUAGUGGGCGAAAGUGGGUGUCGAUGGGGCGAAAGUGGGAGUUUAGUGAGCGAAAGUGGGUGUCGAGUGGGCGAAAGUGGGUGUCGAGUGGGCGAAAGUGGGAGUUUAGUGGGCGAAAGUGGGUGUCGAGUGGGCGAAAGUGGGUGUCGAUGGGGCGAUAGUGGGAGUAUAGUGGGCGAAAGUGGGUGUCGAGUGGGCGAAAGUGGGUGUCGAGUGGGCGAAUGUGGGAGUAUAGUGGGCGAAAGAAUCGAUUCGAGACCUGAAAUGAAUUCUGGAAAAUUCUGA